GCCAACUUAAACUUUGACGGGGGGAAAAGAGCCACCGGCACCCGGCGCGACCCUACCUUGCCCACAUCCCCUACCUCGCCGCCGGUAACGCCCCUUUCCCCACUGUUCCUGACUGAACUUUUCUUCAACUUCCGCGACCCGUGAGAUUCCCUCCUUCCCACCCCGGCCCUCAGGACCCCUGUGCCCAUCCCCGGGCCGCCGGGGCUGGGAUCCCUGGGAUCCACUAGAUCCCUGACUCAGAGACUCUUGGUUUCCACUUCCCAGGUCUGUGAAUCCCUCGGGCCGCCUUCUUAGAGCCACUGAAUUUUGGGAUUUCCCCCCUUGCUCCCUUCUCAACCGCCCUCUCUGAAAGGGGCUCUUCUGAUCCCUCUGAUCUGACCUACUAGAUUUACCUCUCCAGUUUCCUAGAAUCUCUUAAUCGCUGGGUCCCCCAAACUACUACUUUGUUCCUUUCUUAUCUUCUGUGAUUCUUUGAUUUCGGGAGUGCUUUUCUCUAAUUUCCCAAGAUCCUGCCAUCCUCAGGUCCCCUUAACCUGACAGAUUGCCCGUCUCUGAUACUCGCGCUCCUACUACCAGCGCACAAGAUCCCUCGGAUCUAGGACCUGGGUUACCCGGGUUUCCCCAGCUGGGAUCCCGGGCCUCCCCCCAUGGCCGCCGCCCCCUCCUAUCCCACGGGGCUUCCCGGCUCUCCCGGGCCAGGGUCUCCUCCGGCUCCCGGCGUCUUGGAGUUGCAGUCGCCGCCACCGCUGCUGCCCCAGAUCCCGGCUACGGGCCCCGGGGUCUCCUUCCACAUCCAGAUAGGACUGACCCGCGAGUUCGUGCUGUUGCCCGCCGCCUCGGAGCUGGCCCAUGUGAAGCAGCUGGCUUGUUCCAUCGUGGACCAAAAGUUCCCUGAGUGUGGCUUCUACGGCCUUUACGACAAGAUCCUCCUCUUCAAACAUGACGCCACUUCGGCCAACCUCCUGCAGCUGGUGCGCUCAGCCGGAGACAUCCAUGAGGGUGACCUGGUGGAGGUGGUGCUGUCAGCGUCAGCCACAUUCGAGGACUUCCAGAUCCGCCCGCACGCCCUGACGGUGCACUCCUACCGAGCGCCUGCUUUCUGCGACCACUGCGGCGAGAUGCUCUUUGGCCUAGUGCGCCAAGGCCUCAAGUGCGACGGCUGCGGACUGAACUACCACAAGCGCUGCGCCUUCAGCAUCCCCAACAACUGCAGUGGAGCCCGUAAGAGGCGCUUGUCAUCCACGUCUCUGGCCAGUGGCCACUCGGUGCGCCUUGGCACCUCCGAAUCUCUGCCUUGUACGGCUGACGAGCUGAGCCGCAGCACCACCGAUCUUUUGCCUCGCCGGCCACCAUCCUCCUCCUCCUCCUCUUGUGUUUCAUCCUACACCGGCCGCCCGAUUGAGCUGGACAAGAUGCUGCUGUCCAAGGUCAAGGUGCCCCACACCUUCCUCAUUCACAGCUACACACGGCCCACCGUUUGCCAGGCCUGUAAGAAACUUCUCAAGGGCCUGUUCCGGCAGGGCCUGCAGUGCAAAGACUGCAAGUUUAACUGUCAUAAACGCUGUGCUACCCGAGUCCCUAAUGACUGCUUGGGGGAGGCUCUCAUCAAUGGAGAUGUGCCAAUGGAGGAGGCUACUGAUUUCAGCGAGGCUGACAAGAGCUCCCUCAUAGAUGAGUCAGAUGACUCCGGUGUCAUCCCAGGCUCCCACUCGGAGAACGCCCUUCAUGCCAGUGAGGAAGAGGAAGGCGAGGGAGGCAAAGCCCAGAGCUCCCUGGGGUACAUUCCCCUAAUGAGGGUGGUGCAGUCAGUGCGUCACACGACACGGAAGUCCAGCACCACACUGCGUGAGGGUUGGAUGGUUCAUUACAGCAAUAAGGACACGCUGAGGAAGCGGCACUAUUGGCGCCUGGACUGCAAGUGCAUCACACUCUUUCAGAACAACACAACCAACAGAUACUACAAGGAAAUCCCACUGUCAGAAAUCCUCACUGUGGAGUCUGCCCAGAACUUCAGCCUUGUGCCACCAGGCACCAACCUACACUGCUUCGAAAUCAUCACUGCCAACGCCACCUACUUCGUAGGAGAGACUCCUGGUGGGGCCCCAGGUGGGCCAAAUGGGCAGGGUGCUGAGGCUGCCCGGGGCUGGGAGACAGCCAUCCGCCAGGCCCUGAUGCCUGUCAUCCUCCAGGAUGCACCCAGUGCCCCAGGCCAUGCACCACACAGACAAGCUUCUCUGAGCAUCUCUGUGUCCAACAGUCAGAUCCAGGAGAAUGUGGACAUCGCCACUGUCUACCAGAUCUUCCCAGAUGAAGUGCUGGGAUCAGGGCAGUUUGGAGUGGUCUAUGGAGGAAAGCACCGGAAGACAGGCCGAGAUGUGGCGGUAAAGGUCAUUGACAAACUACGCUUUCCCACCAAGCAGGAGAGCCAGCUGCGGAACGAAGUGGCCAUUCUGCAGAGUCUGCGGCACCCUGGGAUCGUGAACCUGGAGUGCAUGUUUGAGACACCUGAGAAAGUGUUUGUGGUGAUGGAGAAGCUGCACGGGGACAUGUUGGAAAUGAUCCUCUCUAGCGAGAAGGGCCGGCUGCCUGAACGCCUCACCAAGUUCCUCAUCACCCAGAUCCUGGUGGCUUUGAGACAUCUUCACUUCAAGAACAUUGUCCACUGUGACUUGAAACCAGAAAACGUGUUGCUGGCAUCAGCUGACCCAUUUCCUCAGGUGAAGCUGUGUGACUUUGGCUUUGCACGCAUCAUUGGUGAAAAGUCAUUCCGCCGCUCAGUGGUGGGCACCCCAGCCUACUUAGCCCCCGAGGUACUGCUCAACCAGGGUUACAACCGCUCACUGGACAUGUGGUCGGUGGGCGUGAUCAUGUAUGUCAGCCUCAGCGGCACAUUCCCCUUUAACGAGGAUGAGGACAUCAACGACCAGAUCCAGAACGCUGCCUUCAUGUACCCUGCCAGUCCCUGGAGCCAAAUCUCAGCUGGAGCCAUCGACCUCAUUAACAACCUGCUGCAGGUGAAGAUGCGCAAGCGCUACAGCGUGGACAAGUCUCUCAGUCACCCCUGGUUACAGGAGUAUCAAACAUGGCUGGACCUCCGCGAGCUGGAGGGGAAGAUGGGCGAACGGUAUAUCACGCACGAGAGUGAUGACGCACGCUGGGAGCAGUUCGUGGCUGAGCACCCACUACCUGACUCCAUGCUGCCAGCAAGCAGGGAAAUUGUUGGGGUGUUUCCGCCACAGGACCACGACAUGCAGGGGCUAGCUGAACGCAUCAGUGUUCUCUGAGGCCCCGUGCCCUUGUCUAGCUGCCGCCCUAGACAGCAGCCCUUCACACCAUCCAGCUAUGAACUUUUCCAGGGGAAGUGGCUUUCUUCCCGAACUAGAUGGGACACGCACAGAGGGUAGGGAGAAUUAUUUCCAAAGGCCCUUCCCUAACAAUUAAAACAGACUCAUCUCUGGCCUCAUGGCCUCAGUCUCUGACCACA